AUGAGUGCUUAUUUUCUCAGAACAUUUUAUGUUCUUCUCCUGCUUUUGUUGCAUACCUCAGGAAUCGUUGCGGCAUUCAACAGCUCAAGUGAAAGUAUGGAAGCAAAGUGCAAAGAGAGGGAGAGGCAAGCACUCCUCAGCUUCAAACAAAGCCUCGUAGAUGACUCUGCCAUGCUGUCUACUUGGACUGACGUUCACAGAGAUUGCUGCAAAUGGAAAGGCAUUCAGUGCGACAAUCAAACUGGUCAUGUACGUGUACUUGACCUUCAUGGCAACCAUGACUUUGAACUGUAUUUUGGUGGUGAUAUCAAUUUCACUUCAUUGAUUCACUUGCAAUAUAUUCAACAUCUGGAUCUCAGCAAUAAUCAGUUUUUAAGUUACAUACCAGAGUUUAUAGUCUCCUUCACCAACUUAAGAUUUCUCAAUCUCUCCAACUCCGAUAUUUUGGGGAGGAUUCCUUCUGAACUUGGAAAUCUUUUACAACUACGCUAUCUGGAUCUUGGGGAUAAUUAUCUUUGGGGAGAAAUUCCUGUUCAGAUUGGGAAUCUCAUACACUUACAGUAUCUCGAUCUUGGAGGAUUUUAUCUUUCCGGAAAAAUCCCAUGUCAAAUUGGGAAUCUCAGAAAGCUACAAUAUCUCAGUCUUGGAAGUAACACUUUUCUAAAUAUAAAUAGUAUGGGAGAUUAUGUUUCAAACACCCUUUCUGGAGGAAUCCCUUUUCACAUCGGGAAUCUUCCAUUCUUGCAUACUCUUCGAUUAGGUGGCAAUUUUGAUAUAAAAGCUGAGGAUGCACAGUGGCUGUCUACACUCCAUUCCUUGACAAUUCUUGAGCUGAGUUCAGUGCAUAAGCUUGGCUCCUCUCACCAGUGGCUACAAACCAUUAGUAAGCUCAUUCCAAACUUGAAAGAGUUGAGGCUAAUUGAUUGUAAUCUUUUCGAUAAUGAUAUUCAAUCUUUGUUUCAUUCUCCUUCUUCUAACUUUUCCACUUCUCUUACCAUCCUAGAUCUCUCUUCUAAUAUGUUGACAUCAUCAUCAACACUUCAACUCCUGUUUAACUUUAGCCUUCAUCUUCAAGAGCUUCAUCUUUCUUAUAAUAAUUUUGCUUUCUCACCUUCUCUACGUCCAGAUUUUCCAUCUCUUAAGAUCCUCGACCUCUCUUAUAGUAGUCUAACAUCAUCGAUGUUUCUAGCUAAUUUCAGUGUCAGCUCCAAACUACAAAAGCUUCAUCUAAGAAACUGCAGUCUUAUAGAUAGAAAUUUCCUUGUUUCAUCUAGUUCUACGAUGAAUUCUUUGUCUUCUCUUCAAUACCUUAAUCUCUCCAACAACUUGCUAAAAUCAUGCUCUAUAUUUCACUGGCUUUCUAACUUUACUACCAAUCUGCAUACCCUUCUACUUCCUUUUAAUUUCUUAGAAGGUCCCAUUCCAGAUGAUUUUGGAAAAGCGAUGAACUCUCUUGAAUUUGUUUACCUCUUCAAUAACAAACUUCAAGGCAAGGUUCCGUAUUUCUUUGGGAGCAUGUGCAGAUUACAGACCAUAGACCUAGAAAAUAACAGGUUGAAUGGCGAAUUUUCGAGCUUCAUUCAAAACUCUUCAUGGUGCAACAUACACAUGUUACGGAUAUUAAGAUUAUCUCACAACCAAAUUACUGGCAAGAUACCCCAGAGCAUCAGCCUGCUAUCAGAGUUGGAGCAUUUAUCCUUGGAGGGAAAUUCUUUAGAGGGUGAUGUCACUGAAUCUCAUCUGUCUAAUUUUUCUAAAUUAGAAGUCUUAUUCUUGUCACACAACUCGUUAUCUCUAAAAUUUGGGUCUAGUUGGAUGCCACCUUUUCGAUUAUGGUCCUUGGGUCUUGCAUCUUGCAAGCUAGGUCCCAACUUUCCUAGUUGGCUGCAGACUCAAAGCUCCUUAAUCCAGCUGGAUAUAUCUGAUAAUGGGCUUAAUGAUUCCGCACCGGAAUGGUUUUGGAACAAGUUGCAAAAUAUGUGCGAGUUGAAUAUGUCUCACAAUAAUCUCGUUGGUUCAAUUCCUAAUAUUCAAUUGAAGCUUUUUUGCAGACCGUCUAUAAAUUUAAAUUCAAAUAAAUUUGAGGGAAAAGUUCCAUCAUUUUUGCUACAAGCUUCAGAGUUGUUACUCUCGGCAAAUAAAUUUUCUGAUUUUUAUUCAUUCUUAUGUGGAAACAUCACAGCUACAAACUUGGCUACUUUCGAUUUAUCAUAUAAUCAAAUAAAGGGACAACUUCCAGAUUGUUGGAAAUAUGUAGACCAAUUAUUGUUUCUUGAUUUAAGCAACAAUAAACUGUCAGGGAAGAUUCCUAUCUCCAUGGGCAGCCUUGUUAAUUUGGAAGCUUUGGUUUUACAAAACAAUAGUUUAAUGGGUGAAUUGCCUUCCUCUUUGAAGAAUUGCAACCAUUUAAUUAUGCUGGAUGUGAGUGAGAAUAUGUUGUCCGGUCCAAUACCAUCCUGGGUUGGAGAAAGCCUGCAGCAAUUGAUAAUCUUGAUCAUGCGAGGGAAUCAGUUCUCUGGAAAUCUUCCCCUUCAUCUAUGUUAUUUGAAGCGUAUUCAAUUGUUGGAUCUUUCAAGGAAUAAGUUAUCAGAAGGAAUUCCAUCUUGCUUCAAGAAUUUUACCGCAUUGUCUGGAAAGAGCAUCGAUAGAAUCGAAACUGAAAGACGUGUGCAUUGGUACAAUAGUACUUACUAUGCCAAUUAUAGUUUUUUCAGUGAUAAUUAUUAUACGCUUCACGUAACAUGGAUAUGGAAAGGUGUGGAACGCAACUUUACAAGUCCCGAAUUGAUUCUUCAGAGCAUUGAUCUCUCAAGUAACAAUUUAACAGGUGAAAUGCCAAAAGAGAUUACAUAUAUGAUUGGGUUAGUUUCUUUGAAUUUAUCAAGAAACAGUUUGAGUGGAGAAAUUCCUGCUGACAUUGGGAAUUUAAAUUCACUUGAAUUUCUUGACUUAUCAAGAAAUCAAUUCUUCGGGAGAAUUCCUUCUUCUAUUUCUCAAAUUGAUUCUCUAGGAAAAUUAGACUUGUCACAUAACUCACUUUCUGGAAGAAUCCCAUUGGGAAGACACUUGGAUACAUUUGAUGCUUCUUGUUAUGAAGGAAAUAUUGAUCUUUGUGGUAAACCUCUUGAAAAAAGGUGCCCUGGAGAUGAGAGAGUGACAAAGUGUGAAGGAGGAGAAGUGCAUGAUGAAGGUGAUGAUUCAGCAUUGUAUGGAGCAUUAUACAUGAGCUUAGGGCUGGGAUUUUUGACAGGCUUCUGGGGCUUAUUAGGGCCAUUACUAGUUUGGGAAGCAUGGAGAAUUGCUUACAUGAGGUUCUUGACCAGACUGACAGACUAUAUUCUUGUAAUGGUUGAAGUGAAGAUAGCAAAGUGCCAAAGGUGGUUCAAACACUAG